GAUCACUCUCCAGUUUGUGCCUUUUUAUUUUUCCAAGAUGAAGUUUGAUAAUGUGCUGGAAGAGGUCAAUGGCUUUGGAAGAUUCCAACUAAGAACAAUCCUCUUGUUAGUAAUUCCACGUUUAACUUUGCCGUUUCACUUGCUGCUGAAUAAUUUUAUUGCUUUUAUUCCCUCACAUCAUUGUAACAGCAGCUCUCUGAAUAAUGGAGGUGUUUUGAGGAAUUUAUCUUUGGAAGAGAGGCUCAUUGUUAGCAUUCCUUUUGAUCAGGAUGGGAGUUUGAGCUCCUGUCAGAUGUUUUUAGAGCCUCAGUUUCAUCUGCUGUCAAACUUUUCCAACUUAACCGACCUACCCACAGUGCCAUGCCAGAAUGGAUGGAUAUACGACACCACCACCUUCAAAUCUACUCUGGCUACAGAGUGGGAUCUGGUGUGUGAUAACAGAAGGGCAAACAGAGCCACAGCCACCAUCUUCUUCAUAGGGGUCAUGGUUGGAGCGGCAGUAUUUGGCUACAUUAGUGAUAGGUUUGGCCGUAAAAAAACACUUAUGUUGUCGUACAUCGUAACCGCCUUCUUUGGGAUAGCGAGUGCUUUCUCCUAUAAUUUCCCCAUGUUUGCUACAAUGAGGUUUUUUACUGGACUUGGACUUUCUGGAAUAAGUAUUAUCUCCAUCGUCCUUUGUAUUGAAUGGGUGGAUAUCAAACAUCGGACUGCAGUCAGUGUUUUAAUGAGCUUGGACUGGAGUUUUGGUUGUGCGCUUCUACCUGGUGUGGCCUAUUUUAUUAAUGACUGGAGGCACCUGACUGCUGCUGUGACUUCCCUGCUGUUUCCUGCUAUGCUCUGUUGGUGGUGGCUCCCUGAGUCUGCCAGGUGGCUGAUAAGUAAUGGAAAAGUGGACACUGCUCAUUUUUACCUGAGUAAAUGUGCAACAUUUAACGGCAGAGAGGAGGUCAUGGGUGACUUAAAACCUGAGGUUCUGUCUAAAGUAAUACUUGUAGAAAAUGAAAACAGAAAGUAUACCCAAUUGGACCUUGUGAGGACCCCUGGAAUGAGAAGACGGGCUCUACUUUCUGGCAUUGUGUGGUUUGGAUUGGCCUGCACUUAUUAUGGAAUCAGCUUGAAUAUUAGUGGAUUUGGUGUAAACAUUUAUCUCACACAGUUCAUCUAUGGUGCCAUAGAGAUUCCAGCAAAAGCGUUCAUCUUUUUCAUCGUGGACAAAAUAGGUCGAAGGUGGACUCAAGCCGGGACGCUCAUUGUGACCGGGCUGCUUAUAUUCUGCAGCAUGUUUAUUCCUGCAGAUAAGGGAACCUUUCGGACAGCUGUGGGUGCUCUGGGCAAGAUGUUUUCAGAGGGAUCUUUUGUAACAGUUUUUCUGUACACAACAGAGCUUUAUCCCACAGUAAUGAGGCAAAAUGGAUUGGGUUACUGCUCCUCCAUGGCCCGUGCAGGUGUGUCUGUAUCCCCCUUGAUCAUGCUUCUUGAAGAGGUCUGGGUCAAUCUGCCAAGUUCUGUCUUCUCCCUGAUGGCAUUAGGUGCCGGGCUGUCAGCUCUUUUGCUUCCUGAGACGCACAAUGUUCAUCUACCAGAGACUAUUGAGGAUGUCGAACAACCAAGAAGAAUCAGUCCCCACAUCUGAUGACAAAUCUCCUGCCUGUAUAUAGCAACCAAAAUCCCCACAGGACUCCAAUAAAUGGCCGCAGCAACUUGGUGCUAGGAAGCAGUUUUUUUUCUUCUUCUUCUUCUUGCAAGCAGUUUGAUGCAUGUUGAAUACAAAGUCUUUUUACCUCUUCAUGGGGGCAAUAUCCAACUUUAGCUGAUAAAUACUCUAGUAGUUGAUUUGCUUUUUUUUGUUGUUACACAGGGCACAAAUGCAAUGCCUUUCACAUACACCUAGUCAUAUUUUAAGUAGGCAUGACAUAGAAUGCUGUAUUAAACAAAUGUGAUCAAAAUACAUACUGCUGUGUCUUUCUCACGGAAUACUGGC